AUGUCGCCGACAUUGACGGAACAGCUAUCGCACUAUAUCCUCGACGGCAUCUGGCAACUCGGCAACUGCUUCUCCUGCUUUCCCUCGACGCCCUCCCUCAAGAUCAAUGGACGCUCCUUCAAGAUCCUCCGCCUACUGGGUGAAGGCGGUUUCAGCUACGUCUAUCUCGUUCAAUCACCUGGCGAUCCAACCCUCUACGCCCUCAAAAAGAUCCGAUGUCCCUUWGGACAAGAAAGCGUCGCAUUGGCGCUGAAAGAGGUCGAAGCAUAUAGUCUCUUCACGCCUCACCCGAACAUAAUCCACGCAAUCGACCACAGCGUAGAAACCGAACGUGGUGGAGACGCAGGUAGCCGAACAGUAUACAUUCUUCUACCCUACUACCGAAGAGGCAACCUCCAAGACGCGAUCAAUGCGAAUCUAGUCAACCGCGCAAGAUUCCCCGAACGCCGCUUAAUGGUCCUCUUCCUCGGAGUCUGCAGAGCUCUAAAAGCCAUGCAUCAACACCGCGUCGCCCGCGGUCCAGGUGGUGAGCAAUCCCGCCGCAAAGCCAAAAAAGUCCGCGAGGAAGCCGCGCAAGCAGAUCGAGACGCUCAGGACGAACACGUACACGCCAAUCAAGGCCGUCGAAGACGAAAUUCCGAUGAAGGGGAAGAGGAUGUAGAGCAAGAACCUCUCAUGGAAGGCGAAGUCAUGGCCGCACAAGAAGGACUCGCAGAUGGAGAGAUUCGAAGCUACGCACAUCGAGACAUCAAACCCGGAAAUAUCAUGAUAGCGGAUACGGGGACGCAACCUAUAUUGAUGGAUUUGGGAUCGCUGGCGCCUUCGCCGACGCCCAUUACGAGUCGAGCACUGGCAUUGCAGGUGCAGGAUCAGGCGGCGGAGCAUAGUACCAUGCCUUAUCGUGCUCCUGAGUUGUUUGAUGUUAAGACUGAUACGGUGAUUGACACGAAAGUUGAUAUUUGGAGUUUGGGAUGCACGUUGUAUGCGUGUCUGGUGGGGAAAUCGCCCUUUGAGGCACGGAGUGAGGAGACGGGAGGGUCACUAUCGCUCUGUGUUUUGGGUGGGGAUUGGAGGUUUCCGGAUGAGGGACCCGCGGAAGCGAAGAGAGGGAAGCAAAGGGUUGUGGAUGCUGAUGCGGCUGCGCAGAAGAAGGAUGAUGUCAUUUCUGAGCCGGUAAAGGACGUUGUGAGGAAAUGCCUGAUUGUGGAGCCUACAGAACGACCAGAUAUCGAUCAGCUGAUCGCAAUGGUUGAAGAGGUUGUGGCGCACCUCCCGGAUGAUGGGGAUGCGGCGCUGGACAUGGAGUAA